UAUUUCACCUGUAUAUAAAAACCCCUCCUUCUUUAAUUAAGAAGCCAGAGAGGCUAGCUUUGGAAAAUGGCUCAGAUUUGUAGCAUCUCGGAGGAGGUGAAGCUCAAGGCUUGUGGACAAAAGUUCUAUCACUUCUUUUUAACCAAAAUGGAUGUUUUGAAUCAGAUGUUCCCUCAAAAUAUCAACUGCACCUAUGAGUUUGUGGAGGGAAAUAGUUUCACUCAUGGAACUGUUAUCCACUGGAAAUAUGAUUUUGGAGGUGGCCUAGAAGAAUCCAAGGUAAGGCUAACUGUGGAUGAGCCAAACAAAUCAAUAGCUAUGGAAUGUCUUGAAGGAGAUGUACUCAAAGAAUUUCAAGUAUUCAAAGUGAAAGUUCAAGUUAAGGACAGUGAUGUUGUUGGUGUCAACUCAGUUAAAUGGUGUGUGGAGUUUGUGAAGGCAAAUGAAGAUGUGGCUCCACCAAAUAACCAUCUUAAAUGUGGAAUUAAAGUGUGCAAAGACCUUGAUGCUUACCUUUGCAAUAACUCAAACUAAUUAAUUGAAGGUUGAAACUUAUUUGGAAAUGUUGAAAUCUUUCAAUACGAGGGUUUAGGGUGGGGCACUUGUAAAUUUACUAAAAAAGAUUGUAAACUUGGAAGUGUGUCAUUGAUUUUUCAUCUUUCCAAAAAAAAGCAAAAUGAAAAUAAAUAAAAAUAGGUUUGAAUUCUAUUU